AUGAAGGACAAUGAAUUUAAUGGUUUUCAAGAAGAAGUGAAACAAUUACAAAGUAAAGCAGAAGAGUAUUUUGAAAAGUAUCUUGAGACUCCAAGUACAUAUAAGAGGGAUAGUUUAAUCUUAAAAUCAAUUCACAAUAACCAAUAA